AUGUCAUCAUUACUUGUAGAUUCUACGCCAUUUAUGGCCUAUGUCGACCGGCGGGAGCUGUUGAGGUCAUUGCUGCCUGAGAACGAAUUCCGGGCUCAUCGCCAAGUCUGCCUGAAUCACAGCACCACCGUGUACGUUGGGAAUCUCUCCUUUUACACCUCGGAGUCACAACUUCUCGCGCACUUCCGUCCCUUUGGGGCGAUACGGGAUAUUUUAAUGGGCCUCAGUGAUACCACCCGCACCCCGUGCGGGUUUUGUUUGGUCGUUUUUGAGGCCCAGGCGGCGGCUGCGAUGGCGGUGCAGGGACUGCAUGGGACCCUUCUUGACGAUCGUGUGAUUAGCGUGGGUUGGGAUGUUGGCUGUGAUGAAAGUCGACGUUGGGGACGUGGUGCGCAUGGCGGUCAGGUCGUUGAUGGAGUUCGUCAAAACCUGGACGAGGGCCGCGGGGGGUUGGGUGCGCUUCGCCGCGACGCGCUUGGCGUGGAGGCUUCACUGGUAGAAGAUGAAAUUGUAGAAUACACGUGGAUUGCACCGCAGGUAAUCAAAAGGAAGCCUACCACUGCCUCUGGAACUAAGCGGAUGUAA